GCUUCACCGCUGAACAGCUACAACUUUACACGCUGAGGCAGGCUUCAGCAACUCUUGCAGUGUUUGUCGACUACUACCGGAGACAUGCGGGUGGCAGUGAUCGGAGCUGGAGUCAUUGGCCUGUCCACGGCUCAGAGCAUAUAUGAGCAGUAUCACUCCGUUGUCAGCCAACUGACUAUAGAGGUGUAUGCAGACCGUUUCACUCCACUGACCACUAGUGAUGGAGCUGCUGGCUUCUGGCAGCCGUACCUCUAUGACAAGGGCAACAUCCAGGAGACAAAAUGGAAUAAAGAGACAUUUGACUACUUGCUGAGCUGCCUCAGUUCACCAGAGUCCAUAAAGAUGGGAGUAUUCCUCCAGUCUGGCUACAACCUCUUCACUGAACCAGCACAGGAUCCAUCAUUUAAAGAUAUUGUCCUGGGUUUCAGACAGCUCACAGAGCGAGAGCUGCAGAUGUUCCCUGGAUACACUUAUGGGUGGUUCAACACUGCACUUAUGGUGGAAGGCAAAACAUAUUUACCUUGGCUGAUGGAUUGGUUGCAAAAAAGGGGUGUGAAAUUUUAUCACAGGAAGAUUGCGUCCUUCAAGGAGCUCUCAGAAACUGGGGCAGAUGUGAUAAUAAACUGCACCGGAAUAAGAUCAGGAGACCUCCAGCCUGACCCGGACCUCAAACCGGGCCGGGGCCAGAUAUUGAAGGUGGAUGCCCCAUGGUUAAAGCACUGGAUUCUUACCCACGAUCUCAAUACAGGGGUCUACAAUUCACCGUACAUCAUUCCAGGGAGUCGUCAUGUGACAGUUGGUGGGGUGUUUCAAGUAGGAAACUGGAGUGAACAAAACAGUUCCAUUGAUCAUAAAAAAAUCUGGGAAGAGGCUUGCCAGCUGGAGCCUAGCCUCAAGCAUGCCAGGAUAAUGGAAGACUGGUCCGGCCUCAGGCCUGUUCGCAGCAAAGUUAGACUGGAGAGGCAGAUUAUACCGUCCGGAGCAACUUCGAUAGAGGUGAUACACAACUAUGGCCAUGGAGGUUACGGACUCACCAUUCACCGAGGCUGCGCUCAGGAAGCAGGGAGGCUCUUCGGUCAGAUUGUGGAAGAAAAGGGGAAAGGGCCAAAAGCUCGCUUGUAAACUUGUGAUUGGCGGUAGAGGCUCAUUUUUUUAAUUUAAGUGUAAGUGCCUUGUAUCCAUAAGACAACUAUUAUUGUCUGUAAUUAACACUCAAAGCAAAGUGAUAUUCAGUAUCACGUAUCUUUGGAGUAACUACACCCCUUCGUACAACAGUGUUAUGUAUAUGUAAGAUGAAAGAAAUAUAGAAUAUGAAAAGUAGCGAAACUUAUUAAUAAUGAUUAUACCUGAUAAAUAAUCAAUAAUAACAUGAAUCUGCUGCUCUUUUUGAAAGAUAAUUUACUACAGUAUCAUACACAUUUACAUCCAGUGCAUUGACAAGAAUCUGUGCACAGACACUUAAUGCAGCAUGAUAUCUCAAACACUGGCAGGUAGGAGUCAGCUUGUUGGACCUGUGCCAGUUAAUCUCUUUAUUUUUAAAUUAAAACUUUGCUCAGUGUGUUUACUGACUGAAUCAGACUGGGCGAAGUCCGUCUCCACAUCACCUUUGUUACAAAGACAACAGUUAAACCAGGUAUUGAUACAUUAUUUACAGAGAGACAGACUGUAACAUCCUGAUAAAUGUUUGAUGUGUCACAUGUCUAUGUGUGCACAGCCUCAAAGUCUGUUAAAGUAGAGUGGUAGAUGGAGAAUGGGUUAUAGAUCCUAACACCAUAUACUCAUGUUAAUGUCCAUUUUUUAGAAUAAUUUAAUUCUUUCUAAAUAGAUUGAAUAGGUUUUGGGUGAUUUGAUGGAAAUAUUCUUAUUUUAAUCUCCUAAUACUUUUAUUAAUUACAUGUCUUCUAAUGUAAUGCAGGAUUUGUGGGCUUCCAUCUUGUAAAAAUGAGAUACUGUGAACAGCACAUUGAUGCUCUGAUGGCUUCAGCAGGUUUAUCUGCUUGUUGUAAAUACAAUUAACAUAAAUGAUCCAGACAUACGUUGACUUUUGUUAUUACUAUGGGAAUAGUACUGGCCUUUCUCCUUUUUUCUUCAGGAACAACACAAAUACUGUUGAACCUCACAUUAAAACAGAAAACAUUUAAACACGGGAAAAAGGAAUGCCAGCAAGUCUCUGACUUACUGUACACUUUGUCCUUUUAUUACAACU